AUGAAAUCGGGGAAUGGGCGAAAUGCGAAGGAUCAGGUAAUCCCUAUUCCUUUACUGCAAACUGAUUGCGAUGAUGAUGAUGACUGUAUUAGCAAUAAUAUUGUUAGCAUAGAGUUAGAUGACAUUCAAGAAAAGGUUGAUUACUGGAAUUCAGCUAUUGUGUGUGCUGUGUUGGGGGCAAACCCUCCAUUAUCUGUUAUUGAGGGGUUUUUUAGGCGUAUUUGGAAGAAUUUAGGGGUUGAUAAAGUAGUAGAAAUUGAACAUGGAGUUUUCAUUGUUCGAUUUCUUACCAUGGAGAAUCGUGAUAAGGUUCUUGCUGACAUCAAACCUACUUUUGAUAAGAAGCCUGUGCUCUGUAAACCAUGGCACAAGGAUAUUGUACAUUUUAAAGAUGAGGUGAAGGUGGUUCCUAUUUGGAUUCAAUUGAAGAAUCUGGAAUUGAAAUUUUGGCGGCUGCGUAGUCUAAGUAAGAUUGUUGGGACUAUUGGUAAAUUCAUACAAGCUAACCAAGCAACAAUCCAUAGAGACAAACUGCAGUAUGCUAGAGUUCAAAUUGAGGUUGCAAUAACUCAGAAUCUCCCUGAAAAGGUGCAGUUUCAUGAUGAACAUGGUGGACUGAAAUACAUUAAUAUAGGGUAUGAAUGGAAGCCCAUAGUGUGUGAACAUUGCAAGCUUCUAGGUCACCUUGUUGUGGAUUGUAGGAAGCAGAAGGGUAAAAAGAAGAAGGAGAUGACAACACCUGUUAUGGUGAAUAACUCUUUCCAGGUGUUGGAUACUCAAUGUGCAUCAGAAGAAACAGGGGAAAGGCUGAUUGUUUCAGGAAGUUUGAGAAAUGGUUCAUCAAGUGAUGGAGGUGGAAUACCUCCUGAUAUUGAUGGAUAG